UACUGCGUCGCAUUAUCAAAACAUUAUUUAUUAAAAUUGUGACAACAAAAAUAAAAAAUAAAAAAUUACCCUCGAGAUCAAUGUACUGCAAACAAUGAAAUGACGUUAUCUCACAUUCAUGUACUAACACGACUUUGGUGAUUUUUUUGUUUUGAGUGACUGAACAACAAUAGUGCAAAGAUCUAACAAAUACAUGCAAGGUUGAUUGACUCCAAACGACAUCAUGUCCCAUCGUUUCUUGGUACUAUUAUUAAUUCUCGCCACCAUUGGUGGUACUUUAGGGUACCAAAACUGGCGUCGGGAUAGACAACCGAAAAUAAUGGGUGAUAAAAUAUCCCUCAAAGCAAUUAUGCCAAAUCAAAGAAAAGUGCAAAAAAGAAUUGUUCAAUACCACAAUUAUUUUCGCACAAAAGUAAUACCACGGCCUGCUAAUAUGUUACGAAUGAGAUGGCACAAAGGUGCAGCCCGAGCUGCCCGAAAAUGGUCUCGCAAAUGUUUUGUUUUGACCCAUGAUAACGUAACUGGGCGAUAUAUUGAGAACUAUGGUGCUUGUGGUCAAAACAUAUUUAUCGCUUCCGACAAAGUGCCAUGGCUAUUUGCUAUCAAAACCUGGUAUUUGGAAAAAGAUAACUUUACUUUUGGUAGUCGCAAAAAUGACCUGAUGAUUGUGGGCCACUACACCCAAAUGGUAUGGGCGAGCACCCACGAAGUAGGCUGCGGCUUAUCUAAAUGUUAUUUAAAGUCCAGCGRAAAAACCUUUUACAACUACAUCUGCAACUAUUGCCCCAUAGGAAAUCUUCCAGGCCAACUGGGACGUCCUUAUCGAAUAGGAAGACCCUGUGGUCUAUGUCGGACAAACUGUUUUGCCAGAAAACUUUGCACCAAUUCCUGUCAUGUAGCCGACUUGUGGGCCAAUUGCAAGGAACUAUACAAGRUCUGGCCAGAAUGGCUUUGUAACACARCCUCAGCCAAAGGCCAAGACCGAAAAAAGCACUGUAGAGCUACUUGUACUUGUAAAAACAAAAUACACGACUAG